AGCGAGUCACUCGGCGAGUCAUACCGUGCAGCCACAGCAGAGCAUCGUCAUGUUGACCACCUUCGCCGGAACAUUGUCCAGUCCGGUCAACGUUGGCAACAUUUUCCAUAUUUGUGUCAAAUCGCUCGACGAUGCGGAAAGGGUCGACAUCAAUUUUCAAGCUGAAAAAUCGAUUGACGGUGACAUACCGCUGCAACUAUCAUUGCGCUUCGAGGAGAAGCGCAUGGUUUGGAAGGCAAAAAUCGCUGGCCGCUGGGUGCAAGAUGCUGAACAGACGAACACUGAAGAGUCGCGCACAGCACUGCAGUCGUUGAAUUCCGGCCACACAUUUUCGAUCUUUGUGCUGGUUGGCGACGAGAAGCACCAUAUUGCAUUAGCCAACACACACAUUGGUUCUUUCGCAAUAAAGGGAAAACUGAGCGAUAUCAAAGUCGUGACGAUAACACAGGACGUACAUCAAGUGUUGGCCGUGGACCACCGUCAAUCGUUUCCGUUUCCCUUUCCGGCAAUUCAGGUGUCCGACGAUACGACCUAUUUCUCCAACGACGUUCCUAAGCCCUUUUUACCAGGACAUGUUACCAUACUGACGGCGGUCCCGUAUGGCAACCCGCGCGGGGGAUUUAUCAUUAAGUUCCACGAAAAUGGAAGCAAAAAGCAGGCAUUGCACUUCAAUCCCCGCUUCGAUCCUCAUUAUGUUGUUGUUCGAAAUUCACACGCCACCGAGGCGCUAGAUUUCCGCCAAGAAGAACGUUCCGGGGGCUUCCCAUUUAUUAUCGACCAGCAGUUCAAGCUUGCCAUCGGUUUCACGGAGCAGGAGUUCAAAUUCGCCAUCAACGGUAGUCACUUCGAAGCGUACACGUACAAGACUCCACGUCAGCUAGACGUGCUCAACGGGUUUCGUAUACAGUGCACCAACGGGUUGCAGUUAGAGGUGACCGCCGUGGACCAUCACUAUAGUGGCACAUCGGACUGUACUGGCUACGAGCAGUUCUCCGAUCCAUACGCCGACGUGUUCGAAUAACUGGUGGACCAUCCGUCUGGCGAAGUUCACUGGAAAAUGUGUGUCACCCGUCUGCAUUCGUUAGACGGGUGCCGAGAGCAUGCGCAGUAACAUUUAAAUAUUUUAGCGGUGCACAUUCACAAGGACCUUAUUUUACAGAGACAUCACGGGAGCCGUGCCUUUCUACCGAGCCGCCCAAAUUUGCAAAGGUUGAUUACAUUGAGUUGGUGAAGAUAAUAGGCUGUUUGGUUGAUGUGUUACAAACAAUUAUUAGUGCAAUAAUUUAAAUGUGUUAUAAAUGUUACAUGCAUUUAUGACCGUAUUCAUGUUUUUCUAUUUCGAAAUAGUAAAUUCUAAAAUUUAUUUAAAAAUAAA